UGUGUUUUAGAUUGAAGCGAGCACUAAUGCUAACGUUGGCAAGCAAACUGAAACGGGACGAUGGUGUCAAGGGCUCCCGUACUUCCAACUCCACUCCUGAUUCUACUCGGAGAGUCUCAAUUAGAGACAAAUUGCUUGUUAAAGAAGUUGCAGAACUUGAAGUAAAUUUACCUUGUACAUGUGAAGUGAACUUUCCUGACCCAAAUAAACUCCAUUUCUUUCUCCUAAUCAUAAACCCAGAUGAAGGUUAUUAUCGAAAUGGAACAUUUCAGUUUGAAAUAGAGGUUCCUGAUGCCUAUAAUAUGGUUCCUCCAAAGGUAAAAUGUUUGACAAGAAUCUGGCAUCCAAAUAUAACAGAGACAGGGGAAAUCUGUUUGAGUUUGUUAAGAGAACAUUCUAUUGAUGGCACUGGCUGGGCUCCAACUAGAACCUUAAAGGAUGUUGUUUGGGGAUUAAACUCUUUAUUUACUGAUCUCUUGAAUUUUGAUGAUCCUUUAAAUAUUGAAGCUGCAGAACAUCAUUUACGUGACAAGGAGGACUUCCGAACUAAAGUUGAAGAUUACAUUAAGCGCUAUGCAAGAUGAUGAUGGGAGAUGGAUAGCAAGGCCAUGAACGCACCUUGAUGUUUUCCUAAAACCACCGCCACAAGAAAGAGGGGGGUUUUUUUUGUCUUGUGUUCAUGUUGUUUUGAUUAAGAAAACAAUCCUCUUUGUUCAAUGAAAAGUUCACCCAUACAGCAAGAUACAGAUGUAAGUUGGCUACAAAAAGAUGUUUAACGUUCAACAAUCUCUUUUUGAAAUCGUAUCAUAUAUUCAGAAGUGAGAUCUCCUUGAUACUAAAAAGAAAGCCCUAUUAAGAUCAUUUAUUCAUUUUAAAAUUUUCUUAAUAGCUAGUACAGAAUAUUUAAGUAUGGCAAUAAAUAAAUGUGGGCCAAAAUUGAACAAGCAUUAUAUUGAGCGCUUAUAUUAGCUCUGUCUACUGUUGCUGUUAAAUUUGAAAUUGCUGAUACUCGUUCAUUUUUUAAUCUACUGUUUUCAAUUUGCAUUUACUGUGCAAAGCACUUACUGAAGUGGAGGCUGAGUCUGAACACAUAUAAAUACAGUGUAUUUCUUUUAAAACCUAACUAUUUUACAUGCAAAUGUAAUGAAAGGUAUAAUAGUUUUUAAAUACCUUUAGUUUCCGGUGUGGAGAAUUGCUAUUUCAGAUUAUUAUAAAACAAAAUAAUUUAAAUUUUCUGAUACCAAAGCUUUAGUAAAAAGCUAAUCCUUGAGAUCAAAUUAAUGCUGACUGUAACUUAACGGUAACACUGUAAGAAGCCAUUUUUUUCAGGAUAAACAUGGUAUAAAGAACUUUAAAUAUAACUUCAGUAGCUCUAACUCAUGUAAAGAUGUAUGAACUACAAAACUAUUUUGGUUGGGCGUACACUGUGCAGAUUCUACAUGCAAUGGGUACUUCAUAUUUUAUCUUAACUCUUUUUUAACAAAAUGAUCAUUCAAAACAAUGAGAAUCGUACCCCUCAAGUAAUUUAAAAUUAAUUAAAUUAUUGCCAGAGACAAAUAAAUGUUUACUUAGUUUCAUACACAUUGUGUGCAUAAUAUUUUUGCCUCAACUUUUUUCAUAUAGAAGAAUCUAAUUUAUUAGGUCCUUCUGUAAUUUCCCAAUGCAAUAAACCUUCAAUUUAAUGGUCUCAUUGGGAGAAAGAGAUGUCUAUAAAAGCAGGAUGUCUGCUGAUUCUGAAUAGAAUUUUACCUAUGCAUAUUUUAUGCAUUUUUUUAAAAAUGUAAAAUUAGAAUGAGAUUUUAUGCAUGUUUGGAAUGGUGAAUGGGAUUUUAUUCAUGUAUAGAUUUUAAUCAUUGCAUCUGAAGUCUGAAAGUAUUAAAUCAAAUGUUUGCUACAUCAUA